AUGGCACACAGUCAUCAUCAACCCUACGAUCCAUAUUACCAGCUGCCGGCAGCGGCAGCAGCAGUGGCAGGAGGAGAGUGGAACAGCGGGAUAAACACGCUGUUCGUGUCGGGACUACCGGAUGACGUGAAGGCGCGUGAAAUUCAUAACCUGUUUCGCCGUCGCCCUGGCUUUGACUCUUGCCAGCUCAAGUACACCGGCCGCGGCAACCAGGUUGUUGCAUUUGCUACCUUUUUCAAUCACCAAUCAGCCAUUGCAGCUUUGCAUUCUUUAAAUGGAGUAAAAUUUGAUCCUCAAACAGGAUCCACUCUGCAUAUUGAAAUUGCGAGAUCAAACUCAAGGAGGAAACGUAAGCCAGGUAGUGGAGCCUAUGUUGUCAUUGAUAAGCGAACCAAAAAGUCAUCCGAUGCCCAUGGAUCAUCAAGCGAUGAUGUUGAAAGCGAACCUGAAGAAAAUCCUGAAAUAGACAAUGUUGAUUCUGCCAACCAGGGUGAUACAGAACAUGCAAAGAGUGAGGCAGCAGGUGAUCCUGAUAAUGCUGCAGUAGCUGUAAAUGUAAGUGAGCAAUGCUUGACUUUGUCCUUUGUAAGGGGUGCUGAUUCAGUUUGUAUGCCUCCGCUUGAAAUUACUGCAAUUUUUAGAAAGUAUUAUGCAAAGCACAAACUUUCAGGAGAUGGUGAGAAUGUGAAGAAAGUUGAGCUGGUGGAGAGGACUGCGGAAGGAGCUGUUUGUCCUUGCUCCACUUUGUUUAUUGCAAAUCUAGGUCCAAAUUGCACUGAGGAUGAACUGAAGCAAGUUCUAUCUCAAUAUCCUGGAUUUAAGGUGCUCAAAAUUCGUGCUAAAGGUGGAAUGCCAGUUGCCUUUGCUGAUUUUGAGGAAAUUGAACAAGCUUCUUUAGUCAUGGAGAGUCUUCAAGACACCUCGUUACCAUCAUCGGACAGAGGCGGCAUGCACAUAGAGCAAGGCAUAGAGUUCGGAUCUGAGUUGAAUCAAUAUGUUGGCAAGCUCGUGGAGGCUCAAAUCGAUCUUUUUGCUUAA